CAAGCGCAUGCGCAGUGAGCAUAUUGCAAAUGGCGGAUUCUGUUAUUGUUCCAUGGCGCACAUCAGAGGGAUAAAAUUAUGCCCGAAAAAAUAUCUCAAGCAGACAUGGAGGAAGGGCAGGGGGAGGACCUAGCCACCACAGUACUAACGUGCGAAGGGGACCUCCGAGAUCCUACCUUUCCAAACCGUCUGCAGAGCCUUGUGCUCCGGCUCCGGGAACUCAUCUCUGAUGAGGAGCAACCAUUCUGGGUGAAGAAGGUGGAGCCGUGGAAUAGCGUGCGUGUCACCUUCACCAUCCCACGGGAAGCGGCUGCACGUCUGCGACAACUGGCUGAGCGCGGAGACCGAGCUCUACGGGACCUGGGAAUCCUCUCUGUGCAGAUUGAGGGAGACCAGGUAAUCAGCCUGACAUUGGCUGGCAGGUAUGGCGAGCCGCCGCAGGAGAUCAUUCUGCAGAAGGCCGACGAGCCGAGUCGACCGAGUAGUACGGCCACGGGCGCCACCACGAGCUGCUCGGCACCCAGCACUUCCAGCGUCUCCCAGCAGAACGGGCCUCCACCGGCCGCUGUAGUAUGCGGUGCCGGGACAUCUUCACCGUCGGGAGGCUCCUCCUCCGGCUUCCGCUCGCCCAAUGUCGUCGCCCCGCCUUCGAAAGAGCCCCUCCCCUUCCUUCCCGGCGGGACGUCUCGGUUCACCCGGCCCGCGCCCCGCAUCCGUGGCCCGUUUCCCUUUGCCAGCAUGACGCAUGCCAUGAACACCAAGCACGGCGCCACGACGCGUUUCCCUUUCACCGCUGCACCGUUCUCCGCACAACGCGUCCUGCUGAACAACCAAACGGGGCAGGGCAAUGUGGCCCUGUCCAGUCCACUCCUCGUCAACUUGCUUCAGAGCGAAUCGGGGCGGGGCAUGCCAUCGCCGGAGGCGGGCCAGAAGCGGCCGCGACGGCCGCCGAGGAGCGGGGGAAAGGUGAAGGAGUCCUGCGUGGGCUCCUCUCCCAGUCCACCGCCUCCGAGCAGCAGUCCUCCAGACACCCUGGGUGUUCUGAACAGUCAGGCAUUCUCGUUGCCCAACAUUCCCCUGUCCCCGCCCCACCCCGAAGAGGCGGGGCCUUCCGCGGUAUCUCCGCCUCGCUCGACGGAAGUGCGGCCAACGAAGCAUCUCAUAAACCCCUUCACUGGUCACCUCGAGCCAAUGCCAUCGGACGAUGAGGAGGAGGAAGCAGCCGCACCCUCUUUUCCAGACAUGGAGGUGGAGUCCGAAAAUGGUCGCUCUUCCGACGGGAAGGACGGUCCUCCGUCCUCGGACACCGACUCCGGUAUAGGCAAGUCGCACACAGAUGGGUCGCAGUCGUCGACCGAGCAGGAAUCCUUGCGCGAGGAAGACUCAAAGCCUCCCCCAGUCGAGGGAGGGGAGAAGCUGAAGCUGAGGUUAAAACUGGACUCGAAACGAGCGAGGGGGGAGCCGCCCCCGUCUUCGCCGGGGGCCGAGCCUCGUGUCCCGCCUCUUCACAUAUCAUUACGGGGGCCAAAUGCAGCGGUGGUUGUGAGCCAGAGGAGGGAAGAAGCGGUCCGCCAGAAGCCGGACGGGGAACCUGGUCCGAGGAAGCGCGCCCCAAAAAACCCGCGGGGCUCGGAGGAGGCACGGAGGGGCUGCCGUGCAGUGAGAGUGCGAGACAAGGCACCUGAGCGGACGAGGGAGCUUAGUCUCAUGUCUGGAGGGAACCUUGUGCGGGUGCCGGUUUCGAUGUCCCCCACGGUGGUGUUGACGCCGCUGCACCUCUUACCUUCCCAGAGGACUGUUCCUGCGGGGGAAAUUGGUGGACGCGUCAGCCCGCUGGCAACAGAAGGGCCGGCAGCGUCUGAUUCUCAAGCCGUAUCUCCCUCUCACACCCAAAGUACAAAGGAAUCUGUGCAAUCUACCUGCCAACAUCUCCCUGGCGAUCCUGAAGUAGACUCUUCCGUUAAUGAUGGUGAAGACCAAAACACGCCGACGGAAGAGCCGCUACCCCAAACACCCUCCGACUGCAAUGCAGUGCGGUCACCCACAGGGAACAAAGAACCUUCCCAGAGUGCCUUUGGUCCGGCGGAUGCCCGGCCAUCACCCCGACGGGUUCCCUGUGGGAGCCCCGUGACCGUGGAAGCCAACGGUGCCCCGCAUUUGGACGAGGACAACGCCGACAACGGCCAGGCGAGCAACCACGGCAGCCCCCACCGCUGCUCUCCACCGGCCAGUGCAAUAGAAGCAAUCAACCCGUCAAAGAAGCUCGUGCUGGAAACUGUCGCCGCCAACCACAUGGUUGCCGGCGAACCCUGUGACAGUGCCGUGGUCGAACUCGAAGGGAGUGUAAAGUCCUCCGCAAAGUCCUCCGCCGUGGCUCGCAUUCUCUCCAGAGAACAGACCGUGUCCAAAAAGGCAGCGAUAGUUUCGGAAAUGCAGGCUGUGGGUACAAAGUUGGGGAUUGUGGGGUCAAACCACGUGGUGCCUGCCCUCAUACCCGCAGGAGGAGGAGGAGGAGGGCGCGCCCUGCACAGUCCGAUCUUGCACAGCGCCCACCGACACACGCUAGUGGGGCCUUCGAUACUGAAGCCGGGAAUUGUACGGGUGAACCGGUUGAGGUUUGCGGGGCUGGUGGGUACGGACGGAAGAACGAACGGUGUGCUAGCUCCCCUGGAAGAGUGUGACAGUACGGUGACCGGCUCGGAAACGGUGGAGUCGUCGGGGUGGAGGCGCAAGUGUCGGAACGGACCCACAGCCGACGAAAGUGGGGCCGAAACGCCGGUGUCUCUGAGUGGUGCAGUGAUGUGCUCUAGUGUGGAAAGUGUGUGCGCGGCUGUGGUAUCGUCCUCGUCGAACAACGUGCAGGCGGAAGAAACAUGCAGGCCGUCUCAGAAAGAGGCGACUGGAAGUGCGGAUGCGGUGCAAGACUUCCCUUCGAACGGAGAGGCGCAUCACAACGGGGACGGGGAGGCACUGACGAGUCACGACGAGGUGACAACUGGUUCCGAGGGCUCCUCGCUGUCGGACGCGGAAGAGAAAGAGGCGCCUGCGUGCAAGAAGGAAGCCGAGGAGGCCCAGACGGAUCAGCCGGAGACUACCGAGCCCUCCAAAAGUCCGGCAGCACCACGGACGCAAUCUGACAUUCCCCUGCCGGAGCUGGUCGCGGCACCAGAGCCCCAGUCCAACUCUAGCCCCACCCCCGAGGUGACACCCACGAGUACCCUUUCCUCCUCUCCUUCUUCCUCUAGUCAGCAGCAGCAGGCAGACACCACCCAGGCGGCCAACUCAACCGAAGGAGAGAAUGACGAAGCGGUGUCAUCUUCAUCAGUGAUGCAAGAGCCAGAGGCUUCUUCGGUGCCUUCAAGUUCGUCGCUACUCCUCUGGGGCGGAAACUCCGCGGCGGAUGGGACGGGAGCGGUCGUGCCCCGCGGAGAGUGCGGAACGUGGACGAGGGUCGCCCCGCUGAUCCUGCAGCCGGACGGCACUGCAGCCGCCACUGCUCCGUCGCUACCAACAGCUAAAGUCCUCUCCCCAACCAAAUGGAUGAGCGCUGCCGACUCUCAGAGGGUGACCCUCAUCUUCAAAGGCAACCUGUCUGGCACCAGUAGUUCCACUCCGCGCUCUCUUCUUGCUCCGGCAGGGAACGCUGUAGUACCAAAAACAGUGCCCAUAAAAGUGCUCACAUUGCCUUCGGGGUCCUCUCUAGUGGAGCUUGUCGGCUCGCCUGCUGGACCCUCUGCCGUGAACUCCGGUCCCACGUCGCCCCCCAUCCGGCUCGUCGUCUCCAAAGUGUCCCCCGUCAAGGUAACCAACACUGUGUCACGGGCAGUAAACAUGGCAGCCGUCAUGGUCAAGUCGAUGGUGGUCACCGGGACGACGGCGUCCUCUCCGGGGGUGGCGUCCACACAAACUGCUCACUGUGCCGUGACGACAUCACUGGAUGUGUCCGGACGAUUGGCCGAAACGGCGGCGACGGACUUAAGUCAGGCUGCUGCUGCUGCGUCGCCGGAAGUGGCAGAGCCGAAGAAAGAGGACGAAGAAGAGGAGACAGAACAAACUGGAGUGUCCGCGGUAGUCACAAACCACGUCGCGGAGCAAGAACCCGCAGACUCGAAGGACCCACCCGCGGAGAAUGACGCGACGGACGAGUGCAGCUCUCCGAAGAGGUUAAAAUGUGAUGAAGAUGAUCAUAGAACAGAGGGCGGGGCGGACAGCGAGGUGGGGAACCGUGAGUGCCUGGACGGUGGGGGUGUUUGUGUGCCCGAGGGGUUCUGUGAAGUGGGACGGACAGCGGGGAUCCCGGUGGUUGUGGUGUCUGCGAUGGAUUCUGUUCUGCCUUGUUCCAAGGAGGAGGAGGAGGACGACAUGACGGAGGAGAACAGGAACCAGUGGAGAAGGAGUGAACGGGCGUCCCCAGCAAGCUGUGCGCCUACAUCGUCUGACCACUCUAGCGAGGAGGAGAUGUCGCUGAGUGAGCUGGCUCACAAGUCAAGACAGUCAGGGACUCGAGGAGUGGUGCGGGGAUCCUUAGCGCCUCCCCCUAGACAGGGCAAAGAGAAUGAAAAAGAGGAGAACCCCAGGGGGGGUCGUAGGGAUGAAAGCCGCCCAAGGAGGGGGAGCGACGGCAAAGUACGGCGGCUACCUCCUUCUUCCGAAGAUGCCCUCAAGUCUCGAAUGGAAAGAUCUCGGCGUUCUCCUGCAAUGACACGUGACCACCGCUCUCCGCCACGUAUAACCAACCAGAGGAGCUGCCGCAGGGAUUCAGAGACACUUUCAAAGGAUGAAGAGGCUGUAGUAGCCAUAAAAAGAAAAACUAGGGCGUCUGCACCAGCCUCAGAAUCCCAAGAAGCGGUGUCAGCUAGCAAGCGGCGGCGAUACUCGAAGGACAGCCAUAGGUAGCAACUACUCACGGGGCCUUAGGAAUCACAGAAGUCCUGGAUAUAUAUAUUUUCCUUCCCCCUCCUCCUCCUUCUUACCCCUUUCCUUUUCCCUCUGCUGCACGGACGAGGCGUGGAAGAGAAAGAGCGACCAUGGUGCUGAACACAAAGAACUCUACUUCUAUAUCGCUGCGGGAACAGGGGGGGCGGAAGCGAAGGGCAACUUCUGCAAUCCCCCCCCCCCAAUCUCCCCCUUCAAGGAACUCCACCUGUUUUUAGAAUCGACUAAGUUAACACGAGGAGGGGUUGGUCGAGAAGAGGAGGAGAAAAAAUGCCUGUGAAUAGCGUGCGCGUUUUGAUCGCACUGUAAAUAGUUUGCAUUCUGUACAGAGAGAAGCUCCAUAUCUUCAUGAGAAGUGUUUAUAAUCAUUGCUAUUUUUAACUGUAUUUUUCUUUCUUUCUUUCUUUCUCCUUUUUUUUCUCUCUCUCUCCUAUUCCUCCUCCCCAUUUGCGGGCGCUUCACACAUCAUCUCAUCCCCCGUGCAUCCGCCGCAUGCAGAAAGAAAGAAAAAGUGAUUUAAGUAUUUUGUAAAUAGCGCCGGUAGAGAAAGCGACCAGCAGCAGCAGCGACUUCCCCCCGCCCCCUACCCCACCCCACCCCUUUCCUCCGGUCUUACUGUUUUUACCUUUUUUUCUCUCUCUCUCUUUCUCUCUCAUUCUCUUAACGGUCUGCCAUCUUGUAUGUACUGUUGCGUGUACGUGCUCUGGCAAAGAGAGAUCCCAUUCGCGCCAAAGGUGUAUUAUUGAGCAAAGUCAAAGGAAGAACACACAUUCUGCUUUUUUUUUUUUUUAGUUGUACAGAAGGCCAGAAGGUGUUCUCCGCACAUUCUCUGUCAUAUCCAUUUUUUUUUUUUCCUCCUCUUCAUUUUAUCUGCAGUCCUUGUUGCGUCGCGUGUUUUUAAGGAAAGGGAUUAAAAAUAACUUUCCGCGUUAUCCUUUGCUGUGGCCACUGUGAGGAAUAUGCAGUGCUGCUUUAGUGCUUUUUACUGGGCAGGGCUCUCCAUAACAUUGCAUUUAUUUUGUGGUCAUUCCCUAGAAGCGUGUUUCUCUCUCUUUUUUUUAUCGGAUCUUUUUUUUAAUCCCUGGAAGCAGAUUUUGUUCGUGAACGUUUGUGUGUUGUACCCUACCCAAUCCUAGUGCGUGUCGUAGUUCACAUUUGGAACAUCGUGCACAACUCUGAAGUAACGUGCCUUUCUCAACAGCCAUGCAACGAAACGAUACAGGAAUGUGCAGCCAGCGUAACGUCUGACCCAGGGAGCAAUCUGAUUGGUUGUGCCAUGUCUUGUUUGUGCCCUUUGGUGUCGUUCAGUAUCUCGCGGAUAUCUGCGGUGUUAGAUGUGCUGCCUGGGUCAGGCCAGAAAAACAAGGAUGAAACCGAAAAGAAGCAUUCUGAGGGGGAAAAAAAAAAAAGUAUCACUGCCCAAACUGUUCACAUUGUCCCGUCUCCAUUCUUGUUUCGUAAGCCAGCUAGGACUGGGUACAAGUACAGCACCACCAACCUCGAAUCGUAUUCCUGUGCGGCAGCCACAUUUUACAGCCACAAAUGAAAUGGCCUUAAGAAGAGGACAGACUCUUAAUUGAUAUGCAAAUGUUUGUAUAAGCUUAGAAAUUCCUUUCCGACGAGAAAAUACAGUACAAGUUUUUUUUCAGUUCAUGGUUUCACCGUUUUUGUCCAGUUACAAUGCAUCAUGGGACGUAGCGCAGGCUUUCUUUCCUCUUGUGCAUGGUUUGGGUUGAGGCCAGCCAGUUGCGCACGUUCUUAAUGGCCACAACAUUUGGGGGCCGCAUAGAUGUGCUGCUCGUGCGCACACAUGACAUGUUGAAAGUGCAGCUGCUCUGCAGUUCUCCUAUGCACAGUGGUGUUAUAAAAACCAGCUGCUGGGAUCUCAGAAUGAAUGGGGAAGGCAGUUCUCAACCAGUUGGCCUUAGAAUGAUUUUUUUUUAAUUGCUGCUGGGUAACUUUACCCCACCUCCCCUCCCCCUCACUCUCUUCCUGUAAAUAUUGUUGAGCCUGGAUUUUUCUUUUUCUGUUUUGUAAGAAUGUCAAAUGUACAAAGAUGAAAAAAAAAAAAAACAACCCACUACAGGAGCCUUACACUGCGAGAAAGAGAUAGAUAAGCAGAUAGCGUUGCUUAGCAUAGUCAUGUUUUGCCAGCAUUGCUGCUCGUCCCACUUUUGAAAAGACUUCUUUUUUUUUUUUCCCCUUCCUUUGUGCGAGGUUCCCCAUCCCUUCCCUCCUCCCUCACUGCGGUUCGGAGAUAUUGUAACUGCCUUGUGAAUAUAUUUGUACAUUUGCCACAUCAUCUUUCUGUAUAGAGAAAAACUUAAAAGAGAAAACACAACACUAUGCUGCAGAAAUUGUGAGGAAGACUUUUUAUGGUUUGUUGUAAGUUUUCAUACCGGUAUUAAACUGUCACUUGAACACAUUGCA